GCAACAUGUGCCGCACCAUAAUUUGUCGUUAACUUCUUUCAUGCCUCUUCCUGCGGUGUGAAGCGUAGUCCGAUCGAGGCGACGAACGGUUGUUAUGACACAAACACCGAGAUUCAAGGAAAGUGUGGAAGCAGGAAUUCCGUACGUAAAAAUUUUUCGACGUGUUAAUAAGAGACUUGGAUAAACAGAUUACAGCAAAUCGCUAACCGAUAAAUCUUCUGCACAAACGUCGCACGAUGUUCAACGAACACGAUAUAAGAGCAUCGUACAUAGAGAAUCCAUUCCCAGUUCAAACUACAAUGCCUAUCGUAACAACUAAUCCUACCAAAAUGAACAUCAUUAUACCAGUCAUCCCCGAAUCCAUGCGCAAUAUCAUGGACCUCGUGCUGCUAGUGACAGGCGUUAGCCUAAAUGCCUUCCUCGGUCUCUUCAUCGCGUUAAAUUCCACCAUGUACAGUUCCACUAACUGCUACGUAGUGGGCCUGGUGUUUUCGAACGUCGUAAUCCUGCUCGAACCACUUCAGCGAAUAAUUGAAUGGAUCUUCGAUAUACGCUUAGAGAUGGACCUCGACUACGUAUUUCUGAUCAGCUUCGCCACGUCCAUUCUGACGAUAAUUCUGCUGAAUAUCGAGGCGUACAUUGUCAUUUGCAAGAAAAAUUCGCCCCUUCGCAAGUCGUUCUUAAAAAUUUCGACAGCUAUGAAAGGACUCUUAUUCAUAUGGACAACGUGUAUUAUGGUGAUAGCCAUGGAAUUACAUUUGUAUGACCAUUUCGAGAGAGACGUCAUGCACGACAUCUACGUUUCAUCCACCAUUAUGUUUCUCGUGUUCCCGUGUUUCAUUUUUAUUAUGCUCGAUUACUUUAUCUUGUAUGACCUGAUAAUAUCGAAAUCAAUAAAUGGAAUGUGGCCAAGCAAAGAUAUCGAGCAUUUUAUUUUUCUGGUUGGUGUUAGUAUGGGAUUUUUUCUAACUAUGAUACCAUAUCGGAUUACGAGAUCCAUGAGGUUCCUAUCGAAAUCUUACCAUAACGACACAGUGAUAGAGAUAACUUAUACGAUGGUUAAAGUAUACCCGAUAAUUCUACCAAUAAUAUGUUUCGCAACAUCAAAAGAGUUCCAUCAAACACUUAAGAUAAUGCUACACUGUCAACAGCAUGAAACUUCCGCCAUAACAUAAAAGCUAUUGGGACAAAACAAGAUAUCAAAGUUAUAUGCAAUUCCAAGUAAUCUAUCUAAUCUUUUGAUAAUCUAAUCUAUCUUGUUGCGAAUAAGAAAUAUUUACUUCGUCAGAAAAUGAUAAACAAUUAAGAAUUUUAAUCGACUC